UGGGAGGAGCAGGUGCACAGCUAACGGAACUCCCAUCCGCUGUCAUUUGCAACUUGUCGGACAGAGGAGCCACAACUCUACGGCUCAGCAUUGAAAGAGGAUGUGUGUAGUAUAACUAAGCUACCUGUAUAGAGACUGACAGGAAAUCCAAGGACAUGAUCUGCUCUGGCUUUCUCUCUCUUGAUAUAAUCCCUAUGUGACAAAUGACAACCUGUAGUGCUGUCUGUCACGUGUCCAACUAUAUCUGAGGGUGGCCCCUCAGCAGUAGGAAGAGGUCCUCUGGAUACAUUUGUCGAUGGAUACCUUGGGAAUGGUGGGCGACGGCUGCCUGUCACCAGACAACUACCAUGACAUGCUGAAGGGAGGGGGGUCUAGCGGAGGAGGCCGGGUCCACAGCAUCGAUGUGAUCUUGGGCUUCAGUAAGGACCAGGACCCUCUGCUGCUUCCUGUGGGGGACGUGGGGGCCCAUAAUGUGGCCACUGAAGGCCUGGAGGACCACCAGGGGAAGCAGGUCAAGUCAGACCCUUACGCCAGCCUGGGGGACAGCACACAGCACUCUGACUUCCACGAGUCAGGCCUUUUCUCCAGUGAUAAGUGUGAUGGGGACCUGGGGGACCUCCAGAAGGGGUUGGACAGCGACAGGGGGAAGUCACCUGAGCCACCAGAGGAAGACCACCCCAGGAAGAAGCACCGGCGUAACCGCACCACCUUCACCACCUACCAACUACAUGAGCUGGAGCGGGCCUUUGAGAAGUCCCACUACCCUGACGUCUACAGCAGAGAAGAGCUGGCCAUGAAGGUUAACCUCCCAGAGGUUCGCGUACAGGUAUGGUUCCAGAACCGUCGGGCUAAGUGGAGACGUCAGGAAAAGAUGGACUCCAGCUCCUUGAAGCUCCACGACUCCCCCAUGCUGUCCUUCAACCGGCCGCCCAUGCCCUCCAACAUGGGGCCCAUGUCCAACCCAUUACCCCUGGAUCCCUGGCUGGCCUCGCCCAUGUCCAGUGCCACCCCCAUGCAUACUAUCCCUGGCUACAGGGCCCCAGGGCAGGGCCCUCACCUUCAGCCUGCCUACCCCAGCCACUCCCACAGCUUCCUCAACAGCCCCCCAGUACAUGGUGUGGUGCACCAGGGGAUGGUGCAAGGAAUGCAAGGGAGGCAAAGCAUGCAGUCAAUGGCUCUGCCUCCCUACCAGUGUCACCCUAGCUUCAAUGAUAACUACCCUAUGCAUGAGGAAGUGGAACGUAGCUCCAGCAUCACAGCGCUGAGGAUGAAGGCUAAGGAGCACCUUCAUUCCUUGGAUAAAACCUGGCAGCACAUGUGAUCCAUUGUAGAGGAGAUGGUCUGAAUGAAGGCUGUCAACACGUGAUUGUAAUCACAAAAACAACGAUGUUCUGUAUAAAGAUGGUCUCUAUUUUCCUGGAUAUCAAUUGAAUAGGGGGGGGGGGGCACACAUCCAGAUGGAGAGAAUAUGUGGCACCUUGUCAACUUGUUGAGUGACUUGUGAAAACAGAACUGAUAAAUCAAUUUAUCAUCAAGCUUUGAUGAUCGAUUUAUACUCCGGAUUCAAUUGAACUCGCACUGUGGUGGUCUUGCGAUGGCGGCUGGAUUGUUGACCAAUAUGUCCCCCUAUCAGUGGAAAGGGACAGGAGAGACAUCUAAUACUGCGGAAUUCCAUAUUAGGGCCAGGAGUUUUCCUGACCAUGUGAGCUGACUACAAUGAGAAAUUCUCCUGGCCUAGAUGAGGCAAUAUUAUGACCUGACCAGAGAAAUCUCCUGGCCUAGAUGAGGCCGUAUGACCUGACCAGGGAAAACUCCUGGCCUAGAUGAGGCAGUAUGAGCUGAGACAGUGACUCCUAAAAUGUUCUCAGAAGAAUCAGUCCUGGCAGAUCGAGGUUGAGUUGAGAAAAUCCUCUAUCUUGGGUAAUCUGUCACGCCUGCUAAUUUGGUCGGACAACCGUACCACUUAACACCUAAUUAACAGUUUUUAAAGCGAUUCACCUCGGGUUAACAAUUGAUGGACAGCUGCCCUCAGAGUCUCCCUGAAACCCCUUCAAUCCUAUUCAAGGCCUGAUAGUCAGUCACAUCCUUUCCUCCUUUCCUUUCCUAAUUUCCUUUCCUCACCUUUCCUCCUCUAUUCCUCUCCCACUGUUUUACAGAGAUGCUGCUAGAUUGUUAGUUUCUGUUCAUACACACACCACACUAGGAUUUAUACAUUAGAGUGCCUGACAGACUACUACAUGUGUGGUGGUGUACAGCGUUGGGGUUAACCUCUCUGGCAGCAGUGGGACGGUAGCGUCCCACCUCGACAACAGCCAGUGAAAUUGCAGCGCGCCAAAUUCAAAACAACAGAAAUCCCAUAAUUAAAAUUCCUCAGACAUACAAGUAUUUUCUACCAUUUUAAAGAUGAACUUGUUCAAAAAGGCUUUACGACGAAAGCACACCAAACGAUUAUGUUAGAUCAGCACAUAGUCACAGAAAAACACAGCCAUUUUUCCAGCCAAAGAGAGGAGUCACAAAAAGCAGAAAUAGAGAGACAAUUAAUCACUAACCUUUGAUGAUCUUCAUCAGAUGACACUCAUAGGACUUCAUGUUACAUGUAUGUUUUAUUCAAUAAAGUUCAUAUUUAUAUCCAAAAAUCUCAGUUUACAUUGGCGCAGUGUGUUCAGUAGUUCCAAAACAUCUGGUGAUUUUGCAGAGAGCCACAUCAAUUUACAGAAAUACUCAUAAUAAACAUUGCUAAAAGAUACAAGUGUUAUGCAUGGAAUUUUAGAUCCACUUCUACUUAAUGCAACCGCUGUGUCAGAUUUAAAAGAAACUUUACGGAAAAAGCACACCAUGCAAUAAUCAGUGCUCAGACACAAAAACAAGCCAUACAGAUAUCCGCCAUGUUGUGGAGUCAGCAGAAGUCAGAAAUAGCAUUAUAAAUAUUCACUUACCUUUGAUGAUCUUCAUCAGAAUGCACUCCCAGGAAUUCCAGUUCCACAAUAAAUGUUUGUUUUGUUCGAUAAAGUCCAUAAUUUAUGUCCAAAAACCUCCUUUUUGUUCGCGCAUUUAGCCCAGUAAUCCAAAUUCACGAGGCGCGAUCACUAGGUCCAGGCAAAGUCAAAAAGUUAUGUUACAGUCCGUAGAAACAUGUCAAAGGAUGUAUAGAAUCAAUAUUUAGGAUGUUUUUAACAUAAAUCUUCAAUAAUGUUCCAACCGGAGAAUUCCUUUGUCUUCACAAAUGCAAUGGAACGCAGGUCGCUCUCACGUGUGCUCGCGUGAUCAGCUCAUGCCACUCUGGCAGACCCCUGACUCAAUCAGCUCUCAUUCCCCCUCCUUCACAGUAGAAGCCUCAAACGAGGUUCUAAAGACUGUUGACAUCUAGUGGAAGCCUUAUAAAGUGCAAUAUGACCCCAUAGACACUGUAUAUUCGAUAGGCAAUGAGUUGAAAAACUACAAACCUCAGAUUUCCCACUUCCUGGUUGAAUUUUUUCUCAGGUUUUUGCCUGCCAUAUGAGUUCUGUUAUACUCACAGACAUCAUUCAAACAGUUUUAGAAACUUCAGAGUGUUUCUAUCCAAAUCUACUAAUUAUAUGCAUAUUCUAGCUUUUAUAUCUGAGUAGCAGGCAGUUUACUCUGGGCACCUUUUUAUCCAAGCUACUCAUUACUGCCCCCCAGUCCCAAAGAAGUUAAUUCCAUUUCAAUUCAGUCAAAUCCUAAUUUCCCAAAAUUCCAAAGCAUUCAGGAAAAUUUGAAAUUAAAUUUGAGGUUACUUCCUAAAUUCUCAAAAUGCAACCCAACCCUGUGCACUACCACACAUGUGAUAGUCUGUCAUAAAUCCUUCUAACACAUCCUAUUAGUUCGUGCUGCUUCUUGAUGCUGCUUCUUGAUGUUAUUGUUGACAACAGGGGAGGCAGGCAGUCUCUUCAUCUUAGUGCUGUUCUGUUUUUACAUGGCUUAAAGCGGUCAGCAGUACAAUAACUAAGCGUUUUCCCCGCCCCUGUUUCAGAGGAAUGGGGCUGGAGUAAUGUAACCACUCUCAAGUUCAUAGACAGAGCUAUGGAUGCAAGUUUUCACCAUGUUUUGAGGUUAUAUAGUAUUUGUUUACAUUGACUUUGUUUACAAACGUUGGAGUAAAACAGUCUUAUAUUUUGGGUUCUGACGAGGUACGGCAGUUGAACUAAGCUCAUUAGGCAUAAGAGAUAUAUUUUUUGAAGAAUCAAUGGGUACAUAUCAUUAAUGUAUAAGUCCAAAAAUUGAUAUAGCAACUGCUGAUUGCCCCUUUAAGUGGCAGCAGUUACUGUAGGGCACAGGAAGUACAAGAGGGUGUUCUUUCUAUGCAUUAUGGUUAUUCGGAAAUGAGGGGUCACAUACUGAGUGCGUGUGUGCGUGUGUGCGUGUGCGUGUGCGUGUGUGUGUGUGUGUGUGUGUGUGUGUGUGUGUGUGUGUGUGUGUGUGUGUGUGUGUGUGUGUGUGUGUGUGUGUGUGUGUGUGUGUGUGUGUGUGUGUGUGUGUGUGUGUGUGUGUGUGUGUGUGUGUGUGUGUUUGCGUGUGUGUAGCCCCAGAAUGAGAGCUGCCUGCCUGUCUGAUGUAACACUUCAGUGGGUUGACUGAUUCAUUGUUCAGGACUAUUGAUUCUCCUCUUGGUCUGAAGCUCCUGGAACCAAACGGUUAGAGAGGUUUUGAGGCUGGACUAACUAAUGGUCAUUAAAUCCACCAGAACAGGGUUGGGGUCAAUUCAAAUAAUAAUAAAAACACUUUUAAAAGUUUUGAUACACAUACACACAGCUUCUACUUUUCAGUCUAUUGAGAAGUCACUGAAAAUAUAUGCCCUUUGUUCAGUUUACUUCUUGUUUGACUGCCUUCAACCCUGCACCUGAAAUCCUGAGGAAAGCACCUUGCUGUUGAAACAGUGGUUAACUAGUAUGAAAUGUUUUACAUUUUAGCCAUAGAGUGUAGUUACCUUAUUUUUCUCGUAAAACCCACCAAACCCUGGGCCCUCUUGUGGAGUUACAUCUGGAAAUAUAUAAAAAAUACGGAGAUCAACAUUAUGAUUUUAUAUUUUUAAAUAAAACAUUAAUGGGAUACUUCCUACACACAGAAGUGCAUUUUGUAUUUUUGUGGGAUAUAAUAGUUAGUAAAAGCCAAAGAUUUUUUAAUUUUUAAUUUUUUACUGGAACCCCCAACCCCUAAAUCUAAGUAUUUGUAAAACAUUGUCUAAUAUACACUGCGUGUACAAAUCAUUAAGAACACCUUCCUAAUAUUGAGAUGCACCCCCACCUACAUGGUGUUGAGUGUUUCACAGGAUACUGACCCACGUUGACUCCAAUGCUUCCCACAGUUGCCUCAAGUUGGCUGGAUGUCCUUUGGGUGGUGGACUAUUCUUGAUACAGACGGUAAACUUUUGAGCGUGAAAAACCCAACAGCAUUGCAGUUCUUGACACAAACCGGUGCGCCUGGCACCUACAACCAUAACCCAUUCAUAGGCACUUACAGUUGAAGUCGGAAAUUUAAAUACACCUUAGCCAAAUACAUUUAAAGUCCGUUUUUCACAAUUUCUGACAUUUAAUCCGAGUAAAAAUGCCCUAUCUUAGGUUAGUUAGGAUCACCACUUUAUUUUAAGAAUGUGAAAUGUCAGAAUAAUAAUAGAGAGAAUGAUUUAUUUCAGAUUUGAUUUCUUUCAUCACAUUCCCAGUGGGUCAGAAGUUUACAUACACUCAAAUAGUAUUUGGUAGCAUUGCCUUUAAAUUGUUUAACUUGGGUCAAACAUUUUGGGUAGCCUUCCACAAGCUUCCCACAAUAAGUUGGGUGAAUUAUGGCCCAUACCUCCUGACAGAGCUGGUGUAACUGAGUCAGGUUUGUAGGCUUCCUUGCUCGCACACGCUUUUUCAGUUCUGCCCACACAUUUUCUAUAGGAUUGAGGUCAGGGCUUUGUGAUGGCCACUCCAAUACAACUUUGUUGUCCUUAAGCCAUUUUGCCACAACUUUGGAAGUAUGCUUGGGGUCAUUGUCCAUUUGGAAGACCCAUUUGCGACCAAGCUUUAACUUCCUGACUGAUGUCUUGAGAUGUUGCUUCAAUAUAUCCACAUCCUCCACCUUCCUCAUGAUGCCAUCUAAUGUGUGAAGUGCACCAGUCCCUCCUGCAGCAAAGCACCCCCACAACAUGAUGCUGCCACCCCCAUGCUUCACGGUUGGGAUGGUGCUCUUCGGCUUGCAAGCCUCCCCCUUUUUCCUCCAAACAUAACGAUGGUCAUUACGGCCAAACAGUUCUAUUUUUGUUUCAUCAGACCAGAGGACAUUUCUCCAAAAAGUAUGAUCUUUGCCCCCAUGUGCAGUUGCCAAUUGUAGUCUGGCUUUUUUAUGGCGGUUUUGGAGCAGUGGCUGCUUCCUUGCUGAGGAUGCCUUUCAGGUUAUGUCAAUAUAGGAUUCGUUUUACUGUGGAUAUAGAUACUUUUGUACCUGUUUCCUCCAGCAUCUUCACAAGGUCCUUUGCCGUUGUUCUAGGUUUGAUUUGCAGUUUUCGCACCAAAGUAUGUUUAUCUCUAGGAGACAGAACGCAUCUCCUUCUUGAGCUGUAUGCGGUCCCAUGGUGUUUAUACAUGCAUACUAUUGUUUGUACAGAUGAAUGUGGUACCUUCAGGCAUUUGGAAAUUGCUCCUAAGGAUGAGCCAGACUUGUGGAGAUCUACAUUUUUUUUUGGAGGUCUUGGCUGAUUUCUUUUGAUUUUCCCAUGAUGUGAAGCAAAGAGGCACUGUUUGAAGGUAGGCAUUGAAAUACAUCCACAGGUACACCUCCAAUUGACUCAAAUGAUGUCAAUUCACAAAUCAGAAGCUUCGUGUAUGUAAACUUCUGACCCACUGGAAUUGUGAUUAAGUUAAAUAAUUUGUCUGUAAACAAUUGUUGGAAAAAGGACUUGUGUCAUGCACAAAGUAGAUGUCCUAACCGACUUGCCAAAACUAUAGUUCGUAAACAAGCAAUUUGUGAAGUGGUUGAAAAACGAGUUUUAAUGACCCCAACCUAAGUGUAUGUGAACUUCUGACUUCAACUGUAAAUGUUUUGUCUUGCCCAUUCAUCCUUUGAAAGGCACACAUACACAAUCCAUCUCUCAAGGCUUAAAAAUCUUUAACCUGUCUCCUCCCCUUCAUCUACACUGAUUAAAGUGGUUUAAAAAGGUGAUAAGGGAGCAUAGCUUUCACCUGGGUUCACCUGGUCAGUCUAUGUCAUGGAAAGAGCAGGUGUUCUUAAUGUUUUGUAAACUCUGUGUACUGUUCAACUUGAUUCUCUGUUCAGUCAUUUGUAAUUUCUGUGCUGUACCUUGCAUUCAUUUAUUUACAUUUGGACAUUAUUUGUGUUGUAUUUAGAUUCAAUGUUCUUUGAUUGUAAUAAAAACACACUAGAAACAGUGUUCCAGAAGUUCCUCCCAGCAACUUGUAUAUUUUCCUUUAAAAUGUACAACUCUCUAGACUACUCUGAACAUGACUUGAUGCUGGUAAUGAGUGUGUCUGCUGGACAAUGGCACCAUGUCAGCCUUGGCAGGAAGGGACUGGUUGGGGAUUAGGGCUGAGAGGGAGCAGUGAGCUUUUGUG